AUGACAACAAUUUCAAGUCUCUUCAAUAUUCUAAGUUGCAGGGACCAUGUGGAGUACUAUGUUCUAGUCGCGAUCGUUAUAUCCUCUGCUUUAUGGUAUUUUUGGCUUUACGCCAAAUCCAAACCUCAGUCUCCUCCCUUGCCUCCAGGACCUUGGGGUCUUCCGAUAGUUGGAAACCUCCCGUUUCUCAAACCAGAGCUUCAUACCUACUUCCAAGGUCUGGCUGAAAAGCACGGUCUCAUUUUCAAACUAUGGUUCGGCUCCAAGCUGGCGAUCGUGGUCACCUCCUCUGAGGUGGCCCGUGAGAUUCUCAGGACCAACGACGUCAUCUUCGCGAACCACGAUGUCCCCGCGGUGGCUCUAGCUAGCUCGUACGGUGGUAUUGAUAUCCCCUGGUCACCAUAUGGACCGAGGUUACGUAUGCUGAGGAAACUAUGUAUUAAUAGGAUACUGAGCAACGCGAGGAUGGAAAAAUCUGUUGACCUACGUCGCGAAGAGACCCGGAGAACGGUUAGGUACUUGGCGGAUCUUGAUCGGGCCGGGUCACCGGUUAACUUGGGAGAACAAAUAUUCUUGAUGAUACUAAAUGUUGUGACGCAGAUGUUGUGGGGCGCUACGGUUCAGAACGAGGACAGGGAGCUUGUUGGAGCCGAGUUCUCGGGAAUAGUUCAAGAGAUGAACGACCUCCUGCUGGUGCCUAAUUUAUCUGACUUCUUCCCGGUGCUGAGCCGGUUUGAUCUUCAGGGUUUGGCUAAGACCAUCCGCAUUAGCGGUUUAAGAGAGAUGGAUCCGGAAGAAGAUAGAAGACAUUCAAAGAAGCAACAUGAACACAUCAACAUGUUAAGUUUCGUGGCGGAUUCUGAGUACGGUAUUCCUAAAAGGUGUCCGUGUGGUGGGAGACUCAUAAACGAGGUGCGCGGGGAGGAGGACUACGACACUCUUCCUGGGAAGCGGUUCUUCACCUGCAGAAACUACGAGGCUGAUGGGCUCCAUUAUCGUCAGCCUUGGGUGAUAGGUGUGCAGGAGGAGCUCGAGAGGCUAACUAAACGGGUGGAAGAGGCUGAGGAGGUGAUGCUGGGGGUGUCCACUCUUAGUAAACGGUUUGAGAGACUUGAGGAACAGGUUAAUUCACUCAAUGAGGCUGUCUAUGACCUCACUGUGCAGGUCCAUUCCCUCGAGAAGGUCUGCUUCGAUUGA